UACACACCAAACUCCAACCCAAACACAAAACUAUUAUAAAUAACCCACACGCACACAUACAAGAAGGAAACCCUUACAUCAGUUAAUAAUAUCUCUAAACAAUAUGAACGACAUGAUGGGUGGAUCUUCUCAUGCGGCUCCGGCACCUUCACCGUCGGCGUUUUUCCAACAUCGCCGACGUCAUCACGGUGGCAUGAUGCACAUGACCUUCUUCUGGGGGAAAAACACGGAGGUUCUAUUCGACGGAUGGCCAGGGACCAGUCUGACCAUGUAUUGGGUCUGCCUAGCCUCCAUUUUCGUCACUUCCGCAUUGUCAGAGUGGAUUUCGCGAUGCGGGGUCAUGAAAGUCGGUCCAGCUAGCUUUGGCGGCGGGCUAGUCCAGACGUUGGUUUACACCGUGAGGGCUUGUUUGUCUUAUUUGAUCAUGCUGGCCGUGAUGUCAUUCAAUGGAGGAGUCUUCUUGGCUGCAAUGGCUGGUUUUGGAUUAGGGUUUAUGAUUUUUGGAAGUAGGUCUUUUAAGGACACUGGAAGUAAUAACAAUCACACCGAAAUUCAAUCACAUUGUUGAUUGAUUCUUUGUAGGCUUUAUUUUCCCCCGUUUAAAUAAUAAUAACGAAAAAAAAUUAUUUCAAGAUUUUAAGAUUUUAGUAUUUUUUUGUCUAAGAUAUAAUUGGAUUUUGUUUACGGUCAUGUUGAUUCAAUAAAUUAAACAAACGCUGGUUCAAGUCCUAUUAUUUUGUGUAUUUAUUUAUUUUAACUUUGUUACAUUUUAGGUUACUAAUGUACGUAUUCCUGUUUCAUGAAUUCAGAGGCUGAGGGAGAAGCUUCGAUUGGUAAGAACUCAAAAUACUCUUCGAAUGAAUUAAUACUGAUUAGAAGUUUCGAUAUUCUUUUUCCGGUUUAUUAUCGGUAAUCUAUGAUUUUCGUUUGUUGAUUUUAUCAGUACCGACAUUUCAAAUAUAUCAUGUUCAAAAGAAUCAAAUACAUAUUAUGUGUUAUAAAUCAAUUGGUGGAUAUCC